UGCUGGGGAUUCGAACGAUGUCGGUCUGAGGGAGGGAAGAGGGGGAAACGGUGGAGGGGACUCGUUCCGGUUCCGGGUGGGAGGUGAGAGACGGUGCCGGGUCGCCAUGGCGAGCAACGCCGCCAGUCUCAACGCGGUGCGGGAGACCAUGGACGUUCUGUUUGAAAUUUCAAGAAUAUUAAACACUGGCUUGGAUAUGGAGACAUUGUCAAUUUGUGUGCGGCUUUGUGAACAAGGGAUAAAUCCAGAAGCAUUAUCAUCUGUUAUUAAAGAACUACGUAAGGCUACAGAAGCUCUAAAGGCUGCUGAAAAUAUGACAGGCUGACAUGGGAGGAGAUUUCUGCAUGAGAAGAAUGCCAAGUUAAAAUUAAGAGAGACUUUGAAGAUUGCCACUGUUCGGGAAAAAAAGUGAAAUGAGUGUGUGUGCAAAGGUUUCAGAACAUUUCUGUCAUCUUCUUGAAAAGGAUGAUGCAUAGAAUAGCUUUGAAAAGUUUUUUAACAAGUUCACCAAUAAUCUUAUUACUUGGUAUUUUUGUGAACUAUUCAUGAAUAUAGUGCAAUUGUUCUUUGGCAUCCGGUAUUUUUUAAACCAUGUCAGAUACUGCACACUUGCUGAAAUUACUAGUGUGUAGCAACGAAUAUUGUUACAAUGAGCAUAACUUGUUAAUGCAUCCUUUAGAACUGCUAGUAUAUUCUGGUCUUUAUCUCUUGCUUUGAAAAACUACAUGUACCACUUUAGUUUUGCUUUAUGGACCAGAUAGGAAUGAAACCCAUCCUGACUUUAUUUUAAUUACUGUGAGCACAGUGACUUAAGUCUCAAUCUGAAAGUAAGAAAUAAAGCAUUUUUGAUAAUGUAGGGAAUUACUUGUCCUUUUGAUCCAAAUUGCUGGAAUAAGUGGUUUUUUUAACUUGGAUAACAAAAGGGCUUCAGUUAUCCAUGUAGAGAUGUAUGUAAAUUUAUAUUUUAGAUUAUAUGGGAUAUUUUACAGAGUUCAAAUGUUACAUUUGUUCUGACCACUAGAUCUAAAAGUAUUAAGGCUAUAUUGUUACUUCCUAGUCAAAGAAUAUAUGAGAAGCAUCAGAUUUGGUUGAUGGGAAUCAAUGAGUCUUAAAAAGCCAUUUGCUACAGGAAUGUCUGCUCAUUCAGCACUAGGAAUCUUCACUGAUGCCAAAACAAGUGUUCAUGCAGUAAACUGUUUAUCAUGUUACUUUUCAGUAAAUAUCCUUGCAUCCAGAAAUUUUAUUUCAGAAAAAAAAGGUUUCCUGAGUAUUCUUCAUCUGCUUGCUGUUUAAGCUUUUUCGUUGCUUUUUUACAAUGGCUACAAUGUGUAGAGUUAAUAGGACCUAAAGUAGCUUGUAAGGUUAAUAGGGUGGAGCACAUUUGUAAAUGAACCUGGAAUUUUAGUUAAGCCAAACUUUAUGCAGAGAAAAAAGUUCUUUCUACUGUAAGAGUUUACCUCAUGUGCACUCUAGGUCAUAGCUCUACAAAAAGUCAUCAAGGAGGCUAAAUACUUCAUAUUGCUGGCAGAGAGAGUAGAAAAAUAUUUAUAAUUGCACUGAAUCACUGGCCAAAAAGUCAUUCCAGGAGGAUGCUGUGAACUUCUGGAUAACCAAGCUGGGGGACUUUUAAGUAUGAAACAUUUAUUUCUAGUAUCGACAAUGAAAUUUAUCCUAGGAAAUUUGAAACGUCAGUAAGACAUCAAGAAAACGCCAGAUCAGAUCAACACAAAUUAGCAGUUAGCUCUUCUACUUGACUUUAUCUACACUCAGUGCUAUAUGUCAGAAAUGAAAAAAGACUGGGAAGCAUUCUUGCUGUUUUCAUGAGCCAUUUCUAAGUCUCACUUACAAAAUUUUCAAAGAUUAAGUUUCAUGUAAACUGUAGCAAAUUUGCCCAAGAUAAUUAUGAAAUCCUAUUAAAGUGCAUGUUUCUGAUGGUGCUUUUUCUUUUCCUCCAUUACCAUAACUUUGGGCAAUACAGGAAUUCUGAUGACUUCCCUUGCAUGUCACUCUCUUGAUUACUUUGUAUUUAUGUAUUUCCAGGGGGUUUUCUGACUUAUUAGUUUGAUUUCAGUUUUGGUUCUGUGUCUUUUAAAUGCUUAAAAGCAGCUUGCAAAUGCAGUAUGAAAAUAAUUUAGAUGUAUAUCUUGAUCUGGCCAUUAAGUUGCACCCAGCAUUUUGCCAUCAAUAAACUUACUGGUUUUAUGAA